GGUGAGUGGUGGAUUUAGCACAAAUCUUGGGGUUUGAUAACCCCAACUCGCUUGAUGACACUUUCUCUUUCCCUGAACUCUGGCAUUCGCAUCUCCUUAUCAUUUUUAUCAGUUUCGCAUAACAAACCGCAUCAAGCCACCUCUUUCUUUUUCUGGGUCAUCUUUCUUUUUGGAAUUUGGAGGGCCGUUGUCAUCUUUUGUGCUGCUGAUUCCUGCUUUCUACUUAACAAAUUUCUUGUAUAGUUUUACGAGGAGGAAGCUAGGAAAAGUCCUGUUGUGUCUCUCCAUCUCUAAGUUGUUUCUGGCACAUACUGAACUAGCAUAUAUCUUGUAUCCCAUUUUGCCUCAUAAUUGACAAUGGGAGGUGUGGUGGUAAAGGAUGAUUCACCCAGACAUACGUGGAUACCAGAAACAAAGCUUGAAUCAAAAUUGGCUGAGGCUAUCCGGAGGAGGGAAGCUGAAGGAUGUGCCAUAAAAUCAUUCAACAGCAUAAUCUUGAAAUUUCCAAAAAUUGAUGAGAGCUUAAGAAAAUGUAAAGAUAUCUUUGAGCAGUUUGAUGAGGAUUCCAAUAAUACUAUUGAUCAAGAAGAGCUGAGAAAAUGUUUCCAAAAGCUGGGAGUUUCUUUUACAGAGGAGGAAAUUAAUGAUCUAUUUGAGGCAUGUGAUAUUAAUGGUGAUAUGGGGAUGAAGUUCAACGAGUUCAUUGUACUUCUCUGUCUUGUCUAUCUUCUUAAACAUGAUCCUACUGCUCUUCAUGCUAAAUCAAGGAUGGGAAUGCCAAAUUUGGAGGCCACAUUUGAAACACUAGUUGAUGCAUUUGUGUUCUUGGACAAGAAUAAGGAUGGUUAUGUGAGCAAGAAUGAGAUGGUUCAAGCCAUAAACGAAUCUGGGGAACGUUCUUCUGGAAGAAUAGCAAUGAAAAGAUUUGGUUCUCUCUCUCUCUCUCUCUCUCUCUCUCUCUCUAUUCAUUUAUUCAUGUUUACUCAUAUUUAUGUGCAUAUGAUCUCUCAGAUGCUAAAAAGACGCAUUUUCCUAUUUGUGAGAAAUUCCCUUUUUCGUACAUGUGUGUGCUCCAUCACACCUGCAGGCUGAACCCGAUGUAUAUAUUUUUACAGUUGAGCAAUUAAUUUUUAAUGUAUUUUAAUUUGGAAAGCAUCCAUGAUUCCAUUUAACUUAAUUAACAUUUAAAUGUAAUGUGGCUUUCUUCACCGACAUUGCAUUGUUUCUUUGUAACAUAUGCACAAGUAAAACUAGAAAUCUCUUGAAUCCAAUUCAUUAAAUUAAUACUUGUUUCUGUUCAAGUCUCUUAGCUGUAAGAACUGUCUAAAGGAUGUCAUCACGUUUUAUGAUGUUACUAAGUCUUCUUACUUUACUGUUGCAGAAGAGAUGGACUGGGAUAAAAAUGGAAUGGUGAACUUCAAGGAAUUUUUGUUCGCAUUCACACUUUGGGUUGGAAUCAAUGACAGCGAAGACGAGGAUGAAGGUGAAGAGAAGGUGUGAAUCAAGCUCUCUACUUAUGGAUCACAACUGGAUGAUGAAAAUCCAUAGUCAGGCUUCUACGUAAGGUUCUACUUGCUUUUCUGAUAAUGAUGAAGUUGAUAUUCAAUGUGUUGUGUAAUUCUUCCUUCUUUUUUGAAUUUGUGAUGUAUAUAGUUUCAAGAAUAGGACUUCAAUGUAAUUCUAAUAAGACGCCAUCAUGCUUGAUACUUAUGUAUCAACUGCUGUGUACUGUAUAAAUUAUGUUCAGAAGACUGCAUUGGUUCUUCAACAUAGAAAGUAUGCAAUAAUUUAUCAUUUGGCAUAA